GGCGUCAGGUGAUUCAGUGCCAGCCACUACUCUCGCUAUUCCUCGGAGUGGAUAAAUAACUCGCUGGUCUCUCAACCCGGAUGCUGAGUCAAAACUAUUGAUGAUUUUGCCCAGUGAGCAGCGCUGUGGGCAGAGCAAGGGGGCGGAAAUAUUCCAGUACCCUUGAAGCGGACAGCUGCCACCGGAUCUACACUCUGCUGACCAGCGGGCUCAGCAUCCGAGCCGGGACGGCAGGUGGAUCAUAAUUCAUACCAAACACAGGGGAGGGUGUGAUCGCCACACUGAAGGCAAACACGUCUCCUGCUCCUGCAAGAUCGUGACCACUUGCACGCCACUGAGGAGGUAGUGAAAGGGUGAGAAAGAGAGUGGAAGAAAGAGAAAGGGGGGAGGAGAGAGGAGCAUCACUACAGAGAGAGAGAUGGCGGAGUGCGGGCGGAAGGCGCUGUCUCUCCUGGAAGCGGCCCGCUCCCGGUACGAGAGCCUGCAGAUAUCCGACGACGUGUUCGGCGAGUCCGGGGACGACAGCAGCGACAAUCCCUUCUACAGCACCUCCGGAGACUCCGACUCUGAUAACUACAUAGCCGAGGUAGGUGAGGAGGAUCAGCAGCAGCAGCAACAGCCACCGCAGCAGCAGCACCACCACCACCAUCACCACCAGAAACGAGGCGAUAAGGAGAGUGGACACAGUGGGGGGACAGGAGGUGGCAGCGCAGCAGGACCCCCCGGCUCCCUAUCCCGUAGUCAGGCAGAGGAGGAGGGCUGGACGGAGACUCUGCAGGAUGUCACGGUCCCGCCGUACAAUGAUACAUACGGACCUGCUCAAAAGAUGCCGGCCACAGCUACAGCCUUGGACUUUUUCCAGCUCUUUGUCCCGGACAACUGCAUCCAAAACAUGGUCACUCAGACUAACAUGUACGCCAAGAAGUUUCAGGAGCGGUUCGGCUCAGACGAAGGCUGGCGUCCCGUCACGGCCCAGGAAAUGAAAGCGUUCCUGGGCUUUGUCACCUCCACCAGUGUGCACCGCUGUGAGUCAGUGCUCAGCAUCUGGAGCUCGGGCUUUUUCAGCAACCAAAGCAUCGCCUUGAAGAUGAGUCAGUCGCGUUUUGAGAAGAUCCUCAAGUACUUCCACAUUGUGGCUUUCCGGCCAUCACAAGGAAGCAACCAGGGCCUUUACAAGAUCCAGCCCUUCCUGGACUCGCUGCAGCAGUCCUUCAGCUGCACUUUCAGACCAUCACAAACACAGGUUCUUCAUGAGCCCUUGAUAGAUGAGGACCCAGUGUUCAUCGCCACUUGUACAGAAAGAGAGCUGAGGAAGAGAAAGAAGAGGAAGUUCAGCCUCUGGGUCCGACAGUGCACCUCCACCGGUUUUAUCUGUCAGAUCGCAGUCCAUCUGAAAGACGGCCAGGGUACAGAUGGUCUGGCCACCUUGAAGAACAAACCUCAGCUCCACAGCCUUGUGGCUAAGCAGCUCUGCCAGAACAUUUCCGGAAAAAAUGCCAUCAUCUUCACUGGGCCAUCCAUCACGAGCCUCAGCCUCUUCACAGAAUUCAGCAAACAAGAUAUCUAUUGCUGUGGUUUGCUUAGCACCAGGAAGAGCGACUGUACAGGCUUACCGCAAAGCAUGCUGGUCUGUGGCUCCACACCUGCUCAGCGUGGCCAGUCUCGCAUAAUGAUGAAAGGCAGCAUGUCGUUGAUCAGCUGGUACAACAAAGGACACUUUAGGUUCCUUGCCAAUGCCUAUUCCCCAACAAAAAAAGGGCUGAUCAUUAAGAGGAAAAGUGGGGAGAUCCCGUGUCCUUUGGCUGUUGAGGCCUUUGCGGCACACCUCAGCUACAUCUGCAAAUACGACGACAAGUAUAGCAAGUACUUCAUCUUCCACAAGCCUAACAAGACAUGGCAGCAGGUGUUCUGGUUGAGCAUCAGUAUUGCCAUCAACAAUGCAUACAUCCUAUACAAGAUGUCUGACGCCUACACAGUCAAACGCUACAGUCGAGCGCAGUUUGGAGAGAGACUGGUCAGAGAGCUGCUUGAUCUAGACGACUGCUCCCCCACGCAGUGAGAAAGAGAAGGAGGAGGUUGAUGAAGACAGAAGGAGCUCACAACAAAAACACUUAACACAACCCCCCCCCACACAUACAUUCACGCUCAACCUUACAGACUUUGCAGUCUGUGUCUAUGUGAUAAUACUGAAGCAGUGCCAAGCCAAUUUCUCUCUUCCUAUAGUGGUUUUUGUGGCUCUGUAAAUAUUCAUUAACACACAACUGCAUACUACACAAUAAUCGUGAGCCAUGAGACUCGACUGCAAUCAUUAACCCCGCAGAUUUACUAAGGAUUUGUCAACAGGAGCUUUUUCACAAGCAGAGCUGAAUGAUGGACCAGGAAAAGCAAGAAGAUUUCACUCCUAAAUGAUGUCAGCUUCAAGUUUUAACGAGUUAAAUUAUUUAUACAAGCCUGAAUGAAACUUCUGCACAAAGUGUCCAAACCCCAUAACCGUCAGGCUGAAAGGCUACAUGUAGCUCAAUAUUUACACUCUGCAAAAAACACCUGUAACAAAGUCUUAGUAAACCAGGAAUAAGGUGUGUUCACACGCUGCAUGCGAUAAGAAUCUCGAUUGUGAUGUUUACUUGUUCGGUGUGAAAAUGAUUUCUGCUCCAGGUGAGUUUUGAAAAUUUGUACGUGUGUAUUUAGUAAGUGGAAACUGCCGUUUGUGUGUGCGACAUUGAGCCAGAGGAUGUAAAUGUAUGGCUUUUGUGACCCAGAUGUGUUGUGUUGCUGCAUAUUGUACCUAUGAGAGAAAGACUGUCAGUCGCUAUAAAGCCACACCCAGCAGUGUGCCACAGCUCCACAGCCUCCCAGAAAAGACCAAAAAAAGUCUUUAAAAAGUUCCUGCUUCCAGUUUUUUUUAAUUGUAAUAAGUAAUAUGAAAUAAACGGCAAUAAAGUUAAAGCUAGGAAAACAUUCCUAGGUUUUGUUUUGUUUAUCAAAGAGUUUGCUUCUUGAACUCAGGUUAACUGUGUGUGUAGGUGUUGAUUUUAUUUGACCACAGAAAUUAACAACUCCACAACUGUUACCAAAUAUUACCCAAUCUUGAUUGGUACACAUAUAUAUAUAUAUGUGACCUAUACAAAAGAAGCAAUUAAUAGACUAGUUAAUAAACAGGCAUUCAGGGUCUUUAACAACAACUCUAACAACAAAUGCUGUCACAUCUGCGUCCCGUUUUUGUACCAAGAACACUUUUUUUGGCAGGAAAGUCGUCAUAAUCAUGUGAUUCAUUACACUUUAGUGUACUUAGCUUUGCAAGGAAGAACAUGUUCAAAUCUCCUCGAUUAAAUGAGCCAGUGUUGCUAGGCAAUGAGUAUAAUCUUGGCCAAUGGACAGGGAUUUGGGUAACAUUCCUUGGCAGCGUUUAGGUCCAGAAAGUAAAAACGAAAUCACUGGUGGCUUAUAAAACGUCUUAACAAAACAAAUGUUUGAACAAAUUAUAUAUUAUUAUAUUUUCUCAGUUGUUUUUGGCACAUUUCACCAAACAUUAUUUCUCAGCACAUUUUUGAAAAAUGCACGUCCCAAAAUUUAAAUCUGUCAGUGAAUGACUCUCUGCCCUCACAAAUCACACAACGGUAAACCGAGCUGCUGAAAACGAAUUUUUCAUCAGAAUGACCGACUAGAAGUGUGUUCCUAAUCUUUGUCAUUUCCAAAAGGUUUUUCCCAACUUUACAUAGCACAAUACAAACCAAAAAAAUGUCUCCCUUUGCAGGUUUUGCCUGUUUCUAACAACCUGCUCUAUAAAUGUGUUUUAUAGCGCUCUUACACCUGAAUUACACCUUUAUGCUAACCUGAUCGUGUAUCCCAUCGGUUGAUAUGAGAGGAAUGUGUUAAACCAAACACCAUGAAGCUUCUUACUUUGGAGCGGAAAACUAAAUAUAAAGAAAGCUGACCUGCCUCGAACAAAAAGACACAUACAGUUAAUAACUGUUGAAAAUUCUAGACAAUAGUGAUUAGUCAUCAGGCUAAAUGUGCUAAACGAUUUGCAGUACGCCACCAGUUCACAACAUCCCACGCUAAAGAGUUUAGACACGACAGAAAGAAACUUUCUUAAAGCCCCUGAAAACUUUGUUUCAAACUUUUUUUUCCUAAAGACCAGAAAGCAAAAGUGAGGGAAAUACAGUCUACAUUCAAUACAAAGUAACAGUGAAGAUGCCGUUUGAUUUGUACAACAGAUUGUACUUACAAGACACUUACUUGACUUACUUACAUUGGUGUAAAGGCAUACACGCCGUUACAAAAGACUAACAAGUAAAGUUCAAGCACCACUUUGAUGCUGUUAUACGGGUUCAUUUGCAAACAAAGAAUCAUUCUGUUGUGGACAAAUAACCAAAAUUUGAAAAGGAUUUUAUGUUGUUUCAAUAUGUUCAACUGUCAAUCAGUAAAUGAGCCAAAAUCACCCCCCCCCAGGCUAUAACACUGCUGUCUGUAGCUUUAACAAGGUCAACACUUUAUUGUUGUGCUGGAACAUGUUAUGAAGACUGUAAGUGAAAGGUGUCGGCGCGUGCUUGCCCCAUCAGCAUGGUUCAAAGUGUGUAUUCAUAUACUGGUAUGAUGACAGUCUUUAUGCUGGUAAAGCAAAGUUGCUGAGCGAAUUGGUCCCACCCCCGUCACACUCUUGCACUUUGAGGAGAGCUAUAAAGUCAGCAACACACAUAUUAAAUAAUCAUUUUAGUUUUGAUUUCAAAUUGAAAAAAUAAACGAUUCUCUGCUCUCACAGAUGAAUUUUGUAAAUAUUAGUAGAUACAUGAAAUAGAUUGUAUUAAAAGAAAAUACACCAAUGAUAUAUGAAUGAAAUUUAAUGACUGUAACCAAAACAGAGAAUUCUACUUCCACUGUAGAUUUAGAGAAAGUGCAGUACUGUAUGUCUGUGUAUAUUUUGUUUACAAAUUACUGUGAGUGUAUGUCCAUAAUCACACUCUUACUGACACUCGAGAUUGUGAUUUCUUAUUAAUCUUUUUCACUAAUCCAAAGCAUUGUUGUCACCGUUACUCUUGCCUGUGUGUGUGAGAAAAAGCCACUGAAUGUUGUAGCAUUGUUCACCCCGAAGUAACACUCUGAAUCUUAGCCGGCUCUUCUGUUGUGUCUUUGAUUACAAUAUUUGAUAUCCACAGAUUUGUUGUGUAGUUUGCCAUUCACUUGAAGUGUAUCAUAAUGUCGACACAAAAUACAGACGUAGACAUUGUAGAAGCAGUCUGCCACCGUGCUGCAUUAAAUGGCAACACUCUCCGAGCUGAAACAAUGAAAGUAAAUUGGACCAUUAGAUGGGUUUUGUUUUAAUAACACAAAUUGUGCAUUUUGCAUAAUUUACACAGGAAAUGCAAAGCAACUCUUGCUACUGACGAGCACUUGUGUUUCAUAGAGGGGUUUUUUCUAUUAUGCAAGGGUAAGGACAGAAUUUUUCAUUUUAACUCUUUAGGGAAUGAAGAAUUAAUUUCUAUACAGAUUAAUUAAAAAUCUCCGUUUCCAUUUUAUGCACAUUUUAAAAACAAUAAGAUUCAAUCAUUUGAGGUUUGACUGGAGCUCUUAAUUGUGUCAGCCUGCUCCUAUUUAAAUAAUCAAUUACUGCAGAGAUGUUAAUGCUGAAAAAAAAAAAAGUCCAGCUCUCUAUCAUUAUCCCUGUGCAGUAACUAUCUAAGUGAUUGUUAUGGGUCACUGUGUAUCAACACUACAUCUAUUAGUGUGAGUUUCUGAACACGUUUCAAGACCAUUAAUAGAUGGACAAUAGACUUUUUUUCUAAUAUAUUCGACUUAUCUAGUUUAUGGUUGCAGCGUGGAGUCUGUCUCAGAUGUCAGAGGGUAAAAAAUGAGGUAUAUCCUGGGCAGGUUACCAGUCUAUUGCAAGGUGUUAAUUUUAUCUGUUAAUAAAUAAUAAUAAAACAUCCCAGUCACUCUCAAUAGAUUGCUAUUUUGGAGAAAAAAGUAUGGCUAAGCCCCUUAAAGCUGGAAAUCUUGACAUCUGUUUGGCAUUUAAAGCCUUAAAAAACUACAAACUACAAACAUGUGAGUGUUUUGUGUUUUUUUACUUUUGAAUUAAGUCUGAUAUCUUCCAUUAAUGCUCAUACAUCUAGACAUAAUAUGUAGAAGUGAGAAAACAAGAUGUUAAUGAUAAAGAAGGGAAUACUGUGGAGCCAUUAGGUCAGAAAUAUUUGCCUUUCAUUUGGAUUCGUCAGGAAGAAAAAAUGUUGCCCAAACGUUAACUGCGUGUAAAUUAUUACAAAAAGAUAACGUGAAAUUAGUCAGACUCAUUUCAUGUGUGUUUGUGCGUUAUGUACCGGUUUAUCAUCUCCACACAGUGUCUCACAGAUGUCUGUCGCUAUCUGUGAGACGGAUGUAAUACUGAAGCGUUUUGAUGAGCGAUAGCUUUGGACAUGUUAAAGAUUUCAAGUGACUGACCUCAGGGCUUCAUGACUAAUUGCUGUACUAUAUAUUCACUCACACAAAUAGCAUAUAUACAGUACUUCUAUACCCUUAUCAGGUGCUUUCAAACCACUGUAGAUUUAUUGCUCUAAUCAGGAGCUUUUUUGCAAGAGUUGUACCGCUAUUAUUUCCAGAUAAA